ACUACUUUUGUGGCGUUUCAUGUGGCUGCACAUCUUACUCUGUCCUCACACCAGCACAACUUUAUUAUUAGUGCUACAUUUUUUUGCUUUACAUAAGAAGUAAAUAUACUUCGAUACUUGACCGAGAGCUAAGCAGGGGUAGCUCAGUGAAACAACCUGGCCACUUGAGGAAAGCGAACCCCGGAUUCCUUUUUUUUCGCACCAGCUGAGGAGAGGCCAGCUAUCAUUAGGUGGUUUUGUAUGUAGAACCCGUCUAGAAACUUAACGGUUUUCUCACACGAUCAAUUUACCAUCGUACAUCCUCCUUUCGCCGUAUUAGGUCGCACUUCAACCUUCCUUUCUCUAUUUGUUCCAUUUUCGCUUCUGCUUGCAUAUUAUUGCUAUAUUCUUUUCUUCUUCUUCUUCUUCUUCUCCAGAUUACACCCUGUCUCCCAAGUACCGAGUACCGAGUCCCGAGUCCCGAUAAUGUGGUUUCCAGCGCUGUCAGCCCUAUGGCUGGCGGCUACGGCUUGGGGUGCUGUGAAUCGCGACGAGGAUGGCAAUAUUAGGACUAUAUCUCUUCGAACCCAUACUUUGAAGCAGCCCUACCUGGAUUCUGAGAUGCAAAGUCGGUGGUAUGAUUUUGGAGGCGACACGAUAGUUCGAACAGAUUCGUAUAUCCGUUUAACUUCGGAUCGCCCAUCGCAAAACGGCUGGCUGUUUUCUCGAGUACCGAUGACCGCUACGAAUUGGGAAAUCACUGUUGAAUUCAAGAUCCACGGGUCGAACCAACUGUACGGCGACGGCUUUGCUAUGUGGCUUACGAAGGAGCGAGGACAGCCCGGACCGGUUUUUGGACAUGCGGACAACUUCGAAGGUCUCGGUAUUUUCAUCGAUACCUACAAGAACAAUCGACCUGGCGUCGUUUUCCCCUACGUUAUGGCUAUGGUUGGCGACGGCAAGACAUCAUACAACAAGGACAAUGACGGAAAGGACACCGAAUUUGCAGGCUGCCCCGCUCGAGGCAUCCGAAACGCGAACAUCCCUACUAAAUUAAAGCUCACCUACUUCCAGGACAAGUCGCUGAAGCUAGAACUCCAGUACCAAUCCGAGGAUGAGUGGAAGCUGUGCUUCGAAACGAGCGAACCCCCCGCCAUCCCUGCCGUCACGUACCUUGGAUUCAGUGCUGAGACAGGCGAAUUGAGCGACAACCACGAUAUCAUCUCUAUCGACGCAAAGAAUCUCUAUAUAACGGGAGGCUCAGCUAACAAGCCCACACCUGGAAAGGGAAGCGUUAAAACGAGCCAGCCCAAGGAAAGCGGUGGUAGCAGCUGGACCUGGUUCUUCUUCAAAUUCAUUAUCUUUGGAUUAGUCGUUGGUGGAUCAUACGUUGGCUUCGCGGCGUACCGAGCGAAUAAGAAGAAGAGCCAUCGAUUUUGAAGAGUGAACAGGAGAUAUCCGAUCCUGAGAGGGUGGAGGUAAUGCCAAGAACAAUAGGCGUACAUAUUAUCAGAAUAUGAAGGCCCAGAGCAGCGGGCUUUUGACGAAGUCUCAUGUUUUCCGUCUUAUAGGGUUGUCGGGCGUUGAGUGGCAAUGUAAAAUUAUGAAGUAGCGCAAAAUACAGAAUAAAUUAUGAAUCAAAAAAAAUUACCAGGUUGGAUUCAGCCAAGCUACCUCCAGCUAAAGCGUAGCAUGAGGUUGACGGCUUAACUAUCCAUAGCACAGUGUAUAUUUGCGUUUAUGACGAUAUAGUCUCUCGUCGGAUAUAGUCUUUCAUCGGAGACUUUCCUCUGUACUUACUAGAAGGAUGACUAC